AUGUUCUACACACCACCCGCACACUUGGCUAAGGCCGAGGAGCUGAAACAGGAGCCACCGAAGGGUGUUGCCUACUCAGUCGCCAUUCCUGGGACUGAGCAACCCGGUCGUAGUCGGGUCUAUCGCGCAUGGAAUGCGCAGAAGGAACUUCUGACCACACUGGACCCCCAGGUCACGACCGCCCAUGACAUGUUCGAGUCGACCGCCAAUCGCCAACCCAAGAACCACUGCCUCGGAUGGCGUCCGUAUAACCCCACGACCAAGACCUGGGACCCCUACCAGUGGCUUACAUACGAGACUGUUCAGAAGAGGCGCGCAGCCUUCGGCGCUGGCCUGGUAGAGCUGCACCAGAAGCAUAACUGCCACCAACCAGGCCAAUAUGGUGUCGGCCUCUGGGCGCAAAACCGCCCAGAAUGGCAGAUCACUGAUCUGGCUUGCAUUUCUCAAUCCCUUUACUCCGUCUCCAUUUACGACGUGCUGGCCCCGGAUGCCACCGAAUACAUUAUCAACCAUGCCGAACUAUCCUGCGUCGUCACUUCCCUUCCUCACAUCCCGACCUUGCUCAAGCUCAAGUCCUCACUACCCACCUUGAAGUUCAUUGUCAGUCUAGAUCCGCUGGAUGGACCCGAGCAGAAUGGUCACUCCAAGCGUGCCCUGCUCGAGUCCAUGGCCGCGGGCCUGGACCUCGCAAUCUACACCAUUGAUCAGGUUGAGGAGCUGGGCUUGGCCUCCAAGCGCGGAUACAACGCUCCUUCGGCCUCCGACAUUGUCACCAUCAACUACACCUCCGGCACCACCGGUCCCCCCAAGGGCGUCGUUUUGACGCACGGCAAUGCCGUGGCUGCCACUUCCUGCGGUCUCGCCACUAUUGCCCAGGCUCGCGGUGACACCGCGUGCUCCUACCUCCCACUGGCUCACAUCUAUGCCCGUCUUGCCGAGCACACCGCGUUCUGGGGCGGUGCUCGCAUCGGAUACUUCCACGGAAACAUCGUGGAGCUGGUCGACGACCUCAAAUUGCUGAAGCCCACUGGUUUCAUGUCGGUUCCCCGUCUUUACAGCCGAUUCGGUACUGCUAUCCGCGCCGCGACGGUUGAGCAGCCUGGUUUCAAGGGCGCCCUGUCGCGACACAUCGUCGCAGCCAAGACUGCCAACAUGAAGAACCCCGAUCCCUCCAAGGCCACCAUCAAGCAUGCCCUGUACGACCGUAUCUGGGCCAAGAAGGUGGCUGCCGCUCUCGGCUUGGAGCGUGCCCGGUACAUGGUUUCCGGUUCUGCGCCUCUAGACCCCACCCUGCACAACUUCCUGCGUGUUGCAACCGGUACCGACGUUGUCCAGGGUUACGGUCUGACCGAGUCCUACGCCUCCGCCACCGCCCAGUCGGCGAGCGAUCUGAGCUCCGGUAACUGUGGUCGUCUGGCCCCUUGCGUCGAGGCCUGCCUGGUCUCUCUGCCCGACAUGGAGUACUCGGUCGAGGACAAGCCCUUCCCACGUGGUGAGCUCCUGCUGCGCGGUAACAACAUGUUCCGCGAGUACUACAAGAACGAGGAAGAGACCGCCAAGGCAGUCACCGAGGACGGCUGGUUCCGCACCGGUGAUGUCUGCACCGUAGACGCUGAGGGCCGCUUCAUCAUCAUCGACCGCCGCAAGAACGUCCUCAAGCUCGCACAGGGCGAGUACAUCUCCCCUGAGCGUCUGGAAGGUGUGAUCCUUUCCGAGAUUGGCUACGUUGCCCAGGCCUACGUGCACGGCGACAGCUCCGAGACCUUCCUGGUCGGUAUCUUCGGUGUUGCGCCUGAUCUCUUCGCUCCCUAUGCCAGCAAGGUCUUGGGCAAGACAAUCGAUCCCACGGACGUGAACGCCCUCAAGGAGAACCUUGACGAUGACAAGCUGCGUCGCGCUGUGCUCCGUGAUCUGGAGCGCGUGGCCAAGAAGCACAAGUUCGCCGGAUACGAGCGUGUCCGCAACGUCUCCCUCAAGGUCGACCCCUUCACCGUCGAGAACAACCUUCUUACCCCGACUCUCAAGCUCAAGCGUCCUCCUGUCGUCAAGGCCUACCGUCCCCUCCUGGACCAGCUUUACCAGCAGGCCAACGAGGAGCAGUCCGCUCCCCGUGCCAAGCUGUAG